CCCAACAUAAAACAUUUUUCUUUUAUUUGUUGUAACCAUUGCGAGGACGCUUGUAAUUGCGAUUUGGCGAUUUGCGAUUUGGCGAUGCGCUGCUUUCGCUUGAUGCGCAGCUCCUGGCAGUCCCUUUUAGUUGGCCACAAAUCGAGGGCCAGACCCGCCGACCAGCGGAACUGAGCUGCUAAAUUCAAAAACAAGAGCAACAACAAAAACAAGCCUAAGGACAGGAAACAACUUUUUGUUUGGACGCGCAUAAAAUGGAACGGAAUGGAAAAAAGCCAAGAGCCCUGAGAGAAACACAAAAGCACGGAACCUGAGCAACACACCAGUGAUAUAAUAGUAAUCUACGCAACCCAUAUUAACCCAGAAUAAGCCCUCUUCGAAUCCAAUCUCACCCAAGCCUUUUGGCAAGAUGGCCGUGCAGCUGAAGCAGAGCUACCACCACCUGCCCCUGACGAUCACCCCGAUCCUGCAUCCAGCACAUCCUGCCCACAUUCUGCAGCAGGCUCCCAAUCCCCUCCAGCCGGCACCCAAUCCCCCGCAGCCGCAGCCGCCGGAUCUCACCUUCCACUGCAUGUGCUGCUCGGAGUUCUUCGUCCACCCAGCGCUGCUCUACCAGCACAUGAACACCCUGCACCCCAAUGAGCCGACCAACGGGCAGCCGGAGCAGGAGAGUCCGGGCGACGAGGGCGAGGACUACAGCUGGAUUUUUGAGCCCGUUUGCGAGCUGGCGGAGGAUGGUAGCGACUCCUCGGGCGGCAGCGAUUCCUCGGGCUCCGACAGCUCAUCCUCCUCGGACGACGACGACGACGACGACAGCAGCUCCAGCUCGAGUUCCAGCAACUCCAGUUCGUCCAGCAGCUCGGUGCCGACUUCCAGCAACUCGAACACCCAGCAGAGCCAGGAAUCCAUGCAGCCCAUGCGCGGCUUGGUGGCCGGACCGGCCUUUAACGAGUUCCAGCUCCAGGUGGCGGAUCCCCGGGAGUCGACCUCGAUCUUCAUGCUGCAACCGGCCAUGAGCUUUACCCCCCUGCAACAACAGCUGACACCACCCUUACCCACUCCACCAAUGGGAUUCUCCCUGGACCCGGCGCCCAUCAAGCGGCGGCGGGGAAGGCGAACCAACUUCAACGUCCCCGUGAUGGAUCCGGCGUUAAAUGGCAACCAGAAGUGUUUCCAGUGCACCCACUGUGAGGCCAGCUUCCCCAACGCCGGCGAUCUGUCCAAGCACGUGCGCUCGCACAUCACCAACAAGCCGUUCCAGUGCUCCAUCUGCCAGAAGACCUUCACGCACAUCGGCAGCCUGAACACGCACAUCCGGAUUCACAGCGGCGAGAAGCCGUACAAGUGCGAGCUCUGCCCAAAGGCAUUCACGCAAUCCAGCAGUCUGAUGGUGCACAUGCGCUCCCAUUCUGUGCGCAAACCGCAUCAGUGCCUGGAGUGCGACAAGGGAUUCAUCAACUACAGCUCGCUGCUGCUGCACCAGAAGACGCACUCCGCGCCCACGGAGACGUUCAUCUGUCCAGAGUGCGAGCGGGAGUUUAAGGCAGAGGCGCUGCUCGACGAGCACAUGCGGAUGCACACGCAGGAGCUGGUGUACCAGUGCGCCAUCUGCCGUGAGGCCUUCCGCGCCAGCUCGGAGCUGGUGCAGCACAUGAAGAACCACAUGGGCGAGAAGCCGUUCACCUGCUCCCUGUGCGAUCGCUCCUUUACGCAGUCGGGCAGCCUUAACAUCCACAUGCGCAUCCACACCGGCGAGAAGCCAUUCCAGUGCAAGCUCUGCGACAAAUGCUUCACCCAGGCCUCGAGUCUGAGUGUCCACAUGAAGAUCCAUGCUGGCGAGAAGCCCUACCCGUGUCCCAUCUGCGGAAAGUCCUACAGCCAGCAGGCGUACCUCAACAAGCACAUUCAGGCGCACCAGGUGGCUGCUGCCGCCUCCGCUUCGUCAUCACCAGGGCUGUUGGUCACCAAGCAGCCGCACGAGACGCUGGUCUGCAUCGUCUGCGGAUCCCUGCACGCGGAUGCCACUGCCCUGGCGAAUCAUGUCCAUAUUCAGCAUGCAGCGCUCCUGGACACGAUGAAGCAGUCGGCAAUGAACACGGCACCAGGAUCAGCCCAUCCAGAGGGCAAGUGCACCAUAGAGGAGCAGGAAGCCUAUAUGCAGCGAGUCCAGUCCGUCUUGCAACAGAUGAACCAGCAGCAGCAACAGCAGCAAAUACUGCUUCCACAGCAACCCAAGGUGCCAGCCAUGGAUUCCACCGGCGAGGACGAGGAAGAACCCGAUGAAGCAGAGGAACCACCGGAUGAGGAGGAGGAUGAGCGAGGGGAGACUCCAGUGGGGGUGACUGAGGUGCAGGAAGCAGAGGAACCGCUCAUUAACCCGAGUUAUCCGAUUCUCGAUCUGCAGGAGGAGCAGAUGCUACUAGACUCUGACAUGUACUACGAGGAUUUUGCCGACAUGGACGUCGGCUGCCAAGAGGAGGUGUUUGGCGACUUUGUCGUGAACGAGGAGGAGGUAUACACCGACGCGCUCAUGUAGAUUUAAGUAAUAGGAUUGGCCAUAGUUUAUGAAAGCAAUUCAUAUUUACACUGAAAAGGCACGGCAGUUCUUAAAUAGUUUUGGGUCACCGCUAUACCCAACUUCUUUAGAGAACUUUUAGUUUAUCCGGCCUUACUUUUUUUACACCCGUUUUUGUUUGGUAACCGAAAUAGUCGUGGGCUGUUUACAAAAAUUAUUUUUUAACAGAAACCUAAAACGAUUUCUCGCGGAAAUGUUCCAAAAAGUCCUAAGGGUUAGAAAGUCACAAUUUAUACUCGUUGUGUUACGUUAUCAUUUAGUUUUAUCAGAGAUUAUAAAGUUCUGCAUGGUAAAAGUAUUUUUAAGUCCUGGCCCAUGAAAGAUCAAUGAAAUAUUUUACUUAAAAAUGUACAUCUACAAUGGAACCACCUAAUCAUAAGUUCAGAACAGAUUUUGGCAUCAUUCCUAGUACAACUCGUUCCACAUUUUGUGCAACCAAAGCGAAAUUCCAGUUUUGACUCUCAUAUCACAUAAAGCCCACACGACUAAAGAUUGUCCAAAAAAGAGACGUAUUGUAUUUGCACAUUAUCUUAUAAAGAUAUUCAUUUUGUUAGUGUUAAGCUAUACUUUGUGCUGCUCAUUUUACAUCCCAAAGGAUAUUCCCUUACCCAUAAGUUGGAGUUAAAAUAAUGAUUCCAAUUAUUCCACAUCGCGUAUUUCCCAAAAUCGCCUGAAGAGAUUACAUUAAUCGUUAUAUUGAAAAA